CUCUCUCUUUCUAUUAUUUUCCUCUUUCAUCUUCCAUCUUCUUUCUCUUUCUCUUUCUCUCUCUAUUCUUACAAAGAUCUCAAACAAUGUUAUUAAUCUGAAUCUCUUAUCAUCAUCAUCGCCACUUUUUCAUCAAUUUGUAUCUUUCUUUUUUCCUCUGUUUAUGUUUCUUUCAAUUUCUCUUCUUUUCUAUCUCUCUUUCAAUUUCUUUUCUUGUGUACAUAUAAUUUAUUCUAAUCAAUGGAGAAUCUACUAAAUUGUUCAUCAUUCCACCAUCAACAAUUGUCCAUGAAAAGACGAGGAUAAAAAAGAUCGUAUCAACAAUCAACCAGGAAAAUGAUUCUCAACCUUUUUAUUAACAUUCAACCAAAAGCCUCGCCCUUUGUUAAUAGACAACAACAACAUGAUGGUGAACAUUUUCCUCUCAAUUAAUUGAUUUCUCUCUCCAUUGAUUUGUGAUUCUUAAUUAUUUCAUUUAACCAUCACCCUUGUUCCUUAAUUGAUGAAAAUGAUUCCUCCAAGUGAUCAAAAUUUCCUGUUUACAGUUACAAUAUUUACCAGUUUUAUUUGCUUCUUUCAAGCAAACGAUCAAUACUAUGCUUCUAGGCCAAUAUUUCCCUUGCACUCUUAUCGAGAUGUAACAAUGUUUCAUUACGAAAUCCCUGAGGAAAUUGUUUCCGCUCGAUGGACAAUUUGGUCCAAUUCAACACUAAACUGUGAUCCAAAAGAAGUCAUUCUGUUGCUUCGUUGGCAGGGAUACCCUUUAAUACCCUCUCUUCAUAAUGUUUCAGCUUCAAAAGAAAUUGUUAUCGAUAACACUGAACAAUAUCAUCUAUCAUUUAAAACGAGUGAAACUCGAACCACCUCUUUCACCUUAAGUCGACCUUUAACUGGUCACUGGUUUGGUACUGGCUACUUGAAACACUCUUCCAAUCGUAUUGUUCAACGGGGUUUACAGCAUAAAUGUAAGGUUUCCCUUUCCACUCGAUUAUCUUUGGUUAAACUAAAUAAUGAUGAACAGAUUCAACAGAUUACCUCAGAUUCAACAAUAAUUCACCGGUUACAGGAUAAGAAACUUUUUAAAUUUCAUAUUCCCCUGUUUACCAAUGGUGCCAAAUUAAUUAUCUCGGGUUGCUCACGAACAUCAUCCUCGCCCUCUGCUUCAGCCCUAAUUUCAUCUUCAUCAUCAUCUAAAAUAGAUCGUGAUGAGACUGAUGAUGAAGAUUUAAUAAGUGGAGCGGGAAGUGGUGCCGGUCUUGGAACCUCUGGUGUUGGUGCUAAUUCAGCCAAUGGAAAUGGCGGAAUAAGAAGACGAUCAGGUGAAGGUUGUCCCAUUAAAAUAUACACUCGAACCUUAGGAUUACCGUCAGAUCGUUUAUAUGAUUAUCAUAUUGAUUGUUCAGCUAAUUUAGGUGAUGAUUGUACAGCGAAUGGUUUUAAUUAUACCCAAGAGGCUUGGAAUUAUAUUCUCCUAGUGAGAAAGCCAAGUCGAAAUGAUAAUAUUCCAGUUGAUUUUUCCAUAUCGAUAAUAACAGAGCAAUGUCCUAAUAAUAUUCAAACUUCAUCGCCACCGCCAUCACCAUCUCCUUUAAAGUCACAAUUUGCCGCUCUAUUAUCAGCUGAUCUAUCGGCAUCCAUGGACUCUACAAUCUCAUCAUCAUCUUCCUCAUCUAUUUCAGUUCCCUCUUCAUCUUCCUCACCAUCUUCAGAAUUUUCAUCUCCAUCAUUAUUCCCACCACCAAGUGUAACAUCAGAUCCUCUUUCCGCCAUAAACGAAUUCUCUGAACUUUCCACUCCAUUAUCAUCUCCAUCUUCCUCCUCCUCACCACCACCACCACCACCUCCUAAAUCAUUACCUGGUGGGACCAUUGCUGGUAAAGACAAACAAUUAUUUGCCUUUACCAAUAAUAAAAACACGAUUAAUCAUGAAUCUACAUCUCACCCAUCAUCGACUAACAAUCGUUGGCACCACAGGCGAUUAGCAAAAACAACGGAAACAGUUUCAUGUCCAUUCCGAAUUAAUCUGAUCCGUUACAAUCUUCAUGGGUCAUUUAACUUUCAAUUUGAUUAUGUUGAUGCUUUUAAAACAAGAUCAGGUCAUUUGACAUAUUCACCUUUUGUUGAUAUACCGAAUGCUAUGAAAGUACCAGCGGAAAAUGAUAAUCCAUCAUCAUCAUCAUCAUCAUCUUCCUCUGAAUCAUUAUCACUUAAUGAUAACUUAAUGUCGAAAGAGACAAUUAUUGAUGAAAAACGAAACAAUCUAUUGUUACCUAAAUCUCUGGUCGCUGAUUCUCAACGGACUUACAAUUUAACUGAAUUAUCCGUCCUUCAUUUUCAAAUUAACCCAAUACUUGAUUCAGGAGGUACAUUAACUAUUGAUUUAGGUUUAAAUCCAUUAACGGUCAAUAUGUCCGAUCAAAAUGUAACCCUUUCCGGUUGCCUGAGGCAAGGUCAUUAUUCAAUAAGCUUGGAAACCUGUCAAUAUCCAAUGAAAGUAAAUUCUAGUCACAAUCCAUUAAUAACAUUAAAUAUUCCUUAUCCUCGAGCUGGACUUUGGUUCAUCUCAUUGAAAGCCGAUUGUUAUAAAUACGAUGGUUGGUCAUUUAAAACUGACCCUUGCAAAUCAAAUGUUACCUCAAUCAUAAUGAACAUCAAAUCAAUUUCAUGUUUUGAAGAUCAAUGUGCCCCUCAUGGUAAAUGUAAUCAAUUCAUCAGCGGUGGACUCAUUUUCUCAACAUGUAUAUGUAAUUCAGGGUGGAAAGGAUUAGAUUGUAAAGAUGGAUCUGAUGCUUUAGAUGAGAGAGAAAUACUAAUUAACUUUCUACUAUUAACAUUAAGCAAUUUAGUUUUCGUUCCAGCUCUUAUAUUAGCAAUAUAUCGACACCUUUUUACCGAAGCAAUAAUCUAUCUGAUUGCCAUGAGCUCAUCUAUUUUGUAUCACGCUUGUGAUUCUGAUUCUCUUCAAGCCUUUUGCUUGGUGAAGCUCAAUAUCCUUCAAUAUGUUGAUUUUUAUUCAGCACUUUUGGCCUUUUGGGUAACACUUAUAUCACUUUCCAAUUUACCGAUAAAAGCGAGAUCGUUUUUCCACCUUAUUGGUUCCGUAUUCUUGGCGAUUGGAGUUCAAUAUGAUCGAACCUCUUUAUGGACAUUUGUAAUUCCAGUAUCGGCGGGUUUCAUUAUCGUUAUUUUAACUUGGUGCUUUUUUUGCUGCAUCAAGCGAAACUGUUUCCCGUCAUGUCAACUUUGGACUUUAAGUAUGGUUCCAGGAUUCGUAAUGACCACUUCAGGUCUGGCCAUUUACUCGCUAUUCGAGACUAAAGAUAACUACGCUAUUGUCCAUAGCUUCUGGCACGCGGUCAUGGCCUCAGCACUUUUAUUCCUAAUCCCCACCAUGGAGCGCAAAGUGACCGCUCAUAAAAAACCAUCAGCUGAUGAGGAAGAUGAAAACUUUAGAGGGAAAGCCACAAUUCCCAAUACGAAACGAGCUCAUGUCGAGUGGAGGCCGAACACGUCUUUCAAAUUCCUACAAGAUGACAUCGAUAUGCUCUGAUUUAAUUAGCACAAUCAAUCACGACCAAAAUUAAGAAUUAACGAAAACAUUCCCUCAGUUAAUUAUCGAUAAAUUAUUGUUAAUUGUUGUCCUUUUUUUGUAUACAAGUUGAAAAGGUUAUUCUGCUUGUUAACAUUUCUCUUCAUUUCUCUCUUCACUCAUUCCUCGGGGCAAUUUAUUGAUUUAAUUGAUUACUAUUUGUCUAAACUAAAUUUACCUCUGCAAAAUCAUCAUUACAAUCAUUCAAUUGUAAAUUAAUCACUUCGACAAUUAACUCACUCAAUCUCAAUACAACUACAAUUGAAUUAACUCUCGGGAGUUAAUUUUUUGUUUUCACUCCUGAAAAAUUUGUUUUUGUUUUGUUUGUGUUUUCAAUUGAAAUUGAUUAUUUAUCAAUCUAAUCAAUUUAAUUACUAAAUGAUUGUUACAAUUUAUAUAUAAAUAUAUUAACCACUAUGAUGAAAACUCGUUAACUGAUUGUACAAUUAACAAAUACGUCUAAUCAAUUAUACUGUAUGUGCAAUCAAAUGAAUCAAAUGAUUAAGAUUGACAUUGAAAUUUAUAACUAAUCAAUAAUAACCAAGAGAAAGAGUCAACAGCUUAAUUGUGAUAUUAAAUUAAUUGUAAUUAACUUGAUGAUUAUGUUGAAUGAUAAUAUUGUUUAAUUGCAAUAAUGAUAUUAAUUUCCGAGACUAAUUGUCAUCAACAUUAAUCAUUAAUUUCACUCGUACAAGUGACAAAUUGAAACAAUUAAAUGAUUGAAAUUAAAAGUAAAUCAAUUAAA